AUGGCUCAGCUGGAUUCAAACCGGCCGUCCGCUGGAACCCCGUCGUUCGAUACCGAUCGCCAGUGCCACGAGAUACCUCCAGACUGGCCUGCCGCCGGUGGUGAGCCACCCUACCCGCGGCCGGCGUUUACUUCCGACCAUCCGUUCGUCGAAUACUGGCCAGCCGCUGGUGUCGAAACUUCAAACCAGUUGCAGAAUUACCCUCCGUUCGGCCGAGCCACCGAACUUCACCGAACCGGCCCCCUGCCGGUGCCCAGACAUCCUAAAUCACCAUCAUCGGUUCCGAUCCGGUCAGUAACCGGGUACCCUGUUCAUCGUUCGUCGUUGGAGGGCCUUCCCACACCGCUAGCUAGCACAUGUAAAACCGCAAAGCACGUAGCGUUAGCGGUACCGGUCCAACGAGUUGUCCCGCCCGGUCAGUCGACCAUUCUCCCGGAUCAUUCGACGGCAGUUCAAGAGAUUGUCAGUCACCGUUUACUCUCCGAGGCAAGCAUCAUCCAAGUCCCGGGCAUUCAUCCUCCGAACGCCCAAGGUCAAGCAAGCAUUGUGGCUGUAGUUUCGUUAGCUGGCUGCGAUCCGUUAGGAACAACAACAUUGACCAAUGCUGUUACCACCCCUCCGUUCGCUCAGUUGAUCUCAGCUCCAAAUCACGACGUCUUCCAGCAAGACAAGCAGAAACCAUCUCCGCCAUAUCCGAUCAGACGACAGCAUCCACCGACGAAUCAGUCAGGUCCAAAGGAUCCAGCGUUGUCAGAUGCGGAACCAUUGGUGGGACGUCAGGUUCCUGCCCAAGCCUAUGCUGAAGGAGAAGUUCAUGCAGGAGCAAUAGGUUCGCAGCAACAGAAGGUGCCCCAGCAAGUCCAACAGCCUAAUCAACCUUUCCGUCCCAAUACCGGUUACUACGUUCCGCCAGCCAUGAACCAGAAUACUCCAGCACAUCCAGCUGCAUCGUUUCCCGUACAAUGGCCACCAAAUGCUAAUGUGGGCUUCGUGGGUAAUCGAUACCCAAUGGUCAGCCAGCAUCCCGUGCCACCACCCAGCGCGUGUUAUCCCACAAGUUUCUACCAGCCACCAUACAAUGCUGGUCGGCCCACAGGUCCAAUACCGACUUGGUGA